AUGCAAUCCCUGCGCUUCGCCCUGCAAGCGGCGGCGGAGGACAUCACGCUCACGUGGGACUUGCCGAAGGAGGUGUCGGUCACGCCGCUGUCUCCGCUUCUCGCCACCAUUUUCCAGGGUCAACGCUCGCUGAUCUACGCUCAGCUCACCGGACGGAGUUCGCAGGCAGAAGACGCUUGCGUCACCGUCAAGUACAACCUGGCCGGCCAACCCAGCCAGAGUCGGCUUCGCUUCGCCCUUCGCCCCAAAGAGGACACCGGUCUGAAGAGCAUUGAGGUGGAGGUGGAUGUGCGGGACCACGUGGCCACCGUGCUGGCCUCGCUGCACUAUGAGAACAAGGAGGACAGCGCCAUCGAGGCCGUUUUCGUGUUCCCUCUGCCCGCCGAGGCGGCCGUCUGCCAUUUCGCCGCCAAGAUCGGGCAAAGCGAGAUUGUGGCAGAGGUGAAGGAGAGACGAGAGGCCCGGGAGGAGUACGACGACGCGCUUAGCUCCGGGCGGCAGGCCUUCCUCUUGGAGGAGAGCGAGCAGAGCCCGGACAUUUUCUCCCUGAGCGUGGGGAGUCUUCCGCCGGGAGAGAGCGCCUCCAUCAGGCUGGAGUACGUCACCGAGCUGGCCGUGGAGGCGGACGACGGGCUGAGGUUCUGUCUGCCCGUGGUGCUCAACCCUCGCUACCACCCUCAAGGAAGCCAAGGCGUCAAGGUGACGUCCGUCGUGGCCUCCGGCGCGCCGUACGCUCUGUCCUUCUCGGCCCGGGUGUCGUCCCCUCGUCAGGUCACCAAAGUGGACUCCGAGUGUUGCCUGGAGCCUCUGCGCUAUCUCGACAAGGAGCAGACCUCGGCGCUGGUUCGACUGGCCGCGGGACACCAGUUUGACAGGGACGUGGAGCUGCUGAUUUACUACAAGGACGCCCACCGGCCAGCCGCCGUGGUGGAGGCAGGAAAAGCGUCCGCCGAGCCCGGCACGCUGAUGGGGGAUGCGGUGGUGAUGGUGAGCCUGUACCCCGAGUUCCCCCCGGCGGCGGCGACGUCUUCGCUCGCCACUCGGGGGGAGUUUGUCUUCCUACUGGAUCGAUCCGGAAGUAUGGAUUGCCCUAUGGAUGAGUGUCAUCGGAGCGUGAGCCGCAUCAGCAGCGCCAGGGACACGCUGCUGCUGCUCCUGAAGAGCCUGCCGAUGGGCUGCUACUUCAACAUCUACAGUUUCGGCUCCUCCUUCCAACACGUCUUCCCUCAAAGCGUGGAGUACGGCGAGGCCACCCUGGUGGACGCUCUGAAGAAGGUGGAGCAGAUGGGCGCCGAUCUGGGGGGAACGGAGAUCCUUCAGCCCCUCAAGCACAUCUACGGCCAGCCCCCCAUUCCCGCUCAACCGCGACAGCUCUUUGUCUUCACCGACGGCGAGGUGGGGAACACCAAAGAAGUCACCAGGCUGGUGAAGCAGCAUUCCGCUUCCCACAGGUGUUUCUCUUUUGGGAUCGGAGAAGGGGCCAGCACCGCUCUCAUCAACGGUUUGGCCAAGGAGGGAGGAGGUCACGCUCAGUUCAUCACCGGCGGCGCCCAAAGGAUGCGAGCAAAGGUAUGCCGCUGUGCAUACUUGACCAUUCAUCGGCUGGGUGCUCGGAGCGCGAUUCGCUCCCUGGAAAUGGAGGAGGACGCGAGCGCUCUCCGGCCUCGGGAGGAAGAGCGAAAAGGGCGAGGGGCGAGCGCCAGGGACAAAGCGGUGGAACUCAGCGUCCAGUCAGGGGUGAGCAGCAGCUACACCGCCUUCGUUGCCGUCCGCCAGGGAGACGGCGCCGCGCUUGGAGGACCUUUACUGCGGCGAAACAUCCCCGCUCCCUGUUCGAUGCCGAUGCAGAUGAUGUGCAUGAUGAGGUCGCCUCAACCCAUGCGUGAGUACAUCUCAACGACGCUCGCGACGGCUGCGCACUCGAUGUCCUUUCAGAUUGUAACGCCGCAUUUGUUGGGAGGGGGCAGCUUUCCUCGCAGGCAACGCUAUGUGCUCGGCGCCGCGCUCGGCUCCCGGCCCGAUGAUGAUGGCCGACUGCUGUUUCCAGGAAAUGGGUACUUCAACUCUUUGCACGACAUGCACAAAAAAGACCUCCAAGACGAAGCGGACGAUCUCUGCGAAUUUUCCAAUGAAGUCGCGCCGCCGCCGCCGCCGGCCCGCCGCAGAGAGCCGUUGCUGGAGCUGGUGUCCCUCCAGAAGGCGUCCGGCUGCUGGCCGCUCGAGGAGGCUCUGGCCGCCGCGCUGGGGAAGAGCGGCGAGGAGGUGGAAGCCCCCAAACCCGCAGCGGCGAGCGAGGAAGUGUGGGCCACCAUCCUGGCUCUCGUCUGGCUUCACGGGCUCCAGUCUGAGGCCCGAGACGAGUGGCAGCUUCUGGCUCUGAAGGCGGCGGCGUGGCUCCGCGCUCAGAAGGCGCCCGGAGCGCUCGAGUGCGUGGAAGCCGCCAACGCUUUGUUGGGGUGUCACGUGCCGAGCGACACGCUGGGCAUCUGAGCUCCUCGUCAAACGGACGACGUCCACCCCGAAGAAAGCAUCCCACGUGUUCUCCCGCUUCGCUUCGCUGUGUUUUCAAGAUCUCCCACCGCCGUUGGCUCGCUCCUCCGAGCCAUUCGAUUGGCCGUCUUCACCUAACAUGUCAAAACGGCGCAUUUGGGAUCAAGGUUCCAUUUCCUGUCCCCAUCGCUCAGAUUGAUUUUUAUACUCGAGAUACACCACACGCACCCCUUUUUUUUGUAUCGUUUCCCCGGACUGCGCUUUUACACCUGUUGCGCAUUUUGUUUUUGGCUAUGGAAUUAUUAUUAAUUCUCGUUGGAUAGUUGAAUGAAUGACUCUGGUUGUCGUUUCUGAAGUAUUUCCUCAUGUGAAGUCCUCAACAUCCAUACAUCGGUGACAAGCGACAGUGUGGAAGAGGGAAGUGAACGUGUCAAAAAAAAU